UUCUCCACUGCAGUCUCUGGGGCAACGCCAGAGAUGGUCUCUUCCCUUCUUCUAGCUUUGCUGCUAACAUGCUGCUCCUUUGAUUGCUUUUCUUCCCAGAGCAUGACAAACAACGAUGCGUUCCUGUCACAAGUUCCUAAGACGUCCACUGAUCUGGGGCUGGACUCCAAUGACCCCGAGGGCCCUGUCUCCGCAGGAGGAUCGGCCUCCACACACACGGAUAUGACAGGCACCGGGCACACGUCCCCAGCACAGCCGGGAGCUGGGAGGACGCCAGGACCCUAUUCCCAGCCUGGCAACAGCAACCUGGUGAAUCUGUUCAACGAGUUCUUUAAACAAGGACCUACCAUCAUGGCCGUGCCAAGGCCCAGCCUCUUCACCCUACGCGACACCAGCCAGAAAGUUGUCCGCUGCCACCACAACCACCUCGUGGCCUCUCCCCAGACUGCCAACGCCCCCCCAGAGAAGAUCAGCGUGGUGCCCAACCAGUUCAUGGACCCCAGCCAUUUCCCCAUCAUUAUGGGCAUCAAUGGAGGGACUCGCUGUCUGUCCUGCGGCACUUCGGCCCAGCCCACCCUCAUGCUGGAGGACAAGAAAAUCAUGGACUUGUACCAGAACAGCAAGGAAGCCAAGCGUUUCACCUUUACCUGCUCUGCCACCGGCAGCACGCUCCGCUUCGAGUCGGUCGCCUUCCCGGGCUGGUACCUGAGCACGUCCCCCAGAAACGACCAGCCCCUCCGGGUGACCAACCGCCUCGGGGAGGCCGAAAUCACCAACUUUUACUUUAAGAAAGUUUAAAGUCACAGAGGCCAGGAUCCUGCCCCAGGCUGCCCCCUCCCCAGUGCAGCACGGGGGAGUUUUCCCAUUGACAUUUGUGCACCUGAAAUAUGCCUGAGAUUCCUGAGCAUGUGGCGAUUGGAUGACCCUGGCUAGAUCCAGCUCUUACCUGCAUCCAUGCAGAGCCCCAGGGUGCUCGGCUAAGGGCAGGGUUGCUUUCAGAAUCACCCCGUGGCUCCAGUAUUACUCGGAGAAGGUUUUCCUAUUGUAUCGUAUGGUCUUCAAAGAGAAACUGAAGAACUACAAUUCAUUUGAAAACUUAACACCAUCAAUUUGGGCUUGAAUAGGGACUGGGAGUGGCUGGCUCACUACAAAAGCAAUUUUCCCUCUCUUGGUAUUGAUACCUCCUCAUCAAUUAUUGGGAAUGGACCACAUCCACCCUGACCAAAUUGGCGUUCAACAUUGGUUCUCCACUUGUAAGGUAAUUCCCAUCUCUUCGUGUGCCAAUAUACAUUUAAACCUGUAUCUGUAAUUUUCACUCCAUGCAUCUGAAGAAGUGGGGUUUUUACCGAUGAAAGCUUAUGCUCA